AUGUCUGGUCGUGGUAAAGGAGGACAGAGCCAUGGAAAAGGGAGUGCUAAAUGGCAUCGUAAGGUUUUGUAUGAUAAUAUUAAAGGUAUUACUAAGCCCGUUAUUUUCCACUUGACUCAUCGAGGUGGUAUGAAGCGCAUUUCGGGGCUUAUUUAUGUGGAGACCCAUGGUGUUUUGAAGGUGUUUUUGGAGAAUGUGAUUUGUGAUGCUGUUACCUACACUGAGCAUGCUAACAGGAAAACUGUUACAGCUAUGGAUGUGGUGUAUGCUCUAAAAUGCCAAGGCAGGACCCUUUAUGGCUUUGGAGGCUAA